AUGCGUACAUAUCCGUACUGGAUCCUGCCCGCCAUCGCUGGCGUCUUCUGGUCUGGUAUGCUAGCAACGUUUAUGAUCUACUGGCAAACCACUGGCCAACCCCAUUACAGCACCAUGGACUCCUCACAAACAAUCCCCUACAUCUCCGACAUAGGAGCCUUCCGCCUAAAGCCACUGUUCAUCACCGGCGCCGCCAUCACAACUCUCUGCAUGGACCUCUCACUCAUCUCGGAACGAUGGCUACGGCAUCGAGGUCAGCUCGUACGGAACUUCACACAGACGGAGAAACGGCUCUCGAUCGCGAGCAUUGUGUGUGGUGUCAUUGGUGGAUUGGGAUUACUGUUCUUGAGUAUCUUCGAUACUGCGGGGUAUGGAAAUGUGCAUAAUAUCUGCUUGUUUGUGUUUAUUGCGGGGUAUAUUGCCAGUGCUACAUGUAGCUGUUGGGAAUAUCAGAGUCUUGGAGCUCGUGGACGAGAGCAAAGGAUUUUGAGAGUGUCGUUUUGGACCAAGCUUGCUUUCAUUAUUGUAGAGGUGUCUCUGGUAAUUGCCUUUGUUAUUACUUUGGUUACGGAUACGUAUAAUGCUGCUGCCGUGUUGGAGUGGAUUUUGGCGUUUGUUUUUGGGAUUUAUGUUUUCUCGUAUGCCAUUGACCUCUUUCCGGUUGCCCGAAGUGCGAAGUCCAACUUGGCAUCGAAUGUUGAGAGGAAAUGA